CGGCGGGUUUUUAUCAUUUAUAUAUCUAUAUAACAAAAACCCCGCGCAGGUUCAACGCGCUGAGCCGCGGAGUGUUCGGAAUCACAUUUAUUUCCUUUUUUUUAAAAAAAAACUUUGGCGCUGGGCUUCCUCCCAACCUUCCUCCGUGUGUGAGUGUGUGUGAGUGAGUGGGUGUGCGUGUGUGUGUGUGGCUCAGGCCGACCCGGGGCCUAGUCCGACUCCGCAUGAGCGAGAGUCUCGUCUGGUCGCGCCCGCGAGCACUUUUUCGCCCGAACUGAAGUGGACGACGCGACUUCGUUUCGAAAAUGUCGGGCGGCGCAGAGCUCUCCUCCAGUGCUUCAGCCCACAUGUACCCGGACAGGAGUUGCUGGGUGUGUUUUGCUACUGAUGAAGAUGAUCGGACGGCUGAAUGGGUGAGGCCUUGCAGGUGCAGAGGAUCCACCAAAUGGGUUCAUCAGACUUGUCUUCAGCGAUGGGUAGAUGAGAAGCAAAGAGGAAACAGCACCGCAAGAGUAGCAUGUCCACAGUGCAAUGCUGAAUAUUUGAUUGUCUUUCCGAAAUUAGGUCCAGUUGUUUAUGUUUUGGACCUGGCAGACCGCCUCAUCUCUAAAGCAUGUCCAUUUGCUGCAGCUGGAAUCAUGGUGGGUUCUAUCUACUGGACAGCGGUCACCUAUGGAGCUGUGACUGUUAUGCAGGUUGUAGGACACAAGGAAGGCCUGGAUAUCAUGGAGAGAGCUGACCCUCUGUUUCUUUUGAUUGGACUUCCAACUAUUCCAGUUAUGCUGAUUUUAGGCAAGAUGAUUCGUUGGGAAGACUACGUGCUGAGACUGUGGCGAAAGUAUUCGACUAAAUUACAGAUUUUAAACAGCAUAUUUCCAGGAAUAGGCAGUCCUGUUCCUCGAAUUCCAGCUGAGGCCAGUCCACUUGCAGAUCAUGUGUCAGCCACUCGCAUUCUUUGUGGGGCUCUGGUGUUCCCUACCAUUGCAACUAUAGUUGGUAAACUUAUGUUCAGCAGUGUCAACUCAAACCUGCAAAGGACAAUUUUGGGUGGUAUUGCGUUUGUGGCCAUCAAAGGAGCUUUUAAAGUAUAUUUCAAGCAGCAACAGUAUUUGCGUCAGGCCCAUCGCAAAAUAUUGAAUUUUCCAGAUCAAGAGGAGGCAUGAGGAGAACUUAGUAUGAAUCAACAAACUUGGUUAAUGUGCUCUCAUUCUUAUCUAGCAGUUGUGCAUUAUUGGUUCUAUCAAAUUGUGCUGUUAUAUGGUAUUGUGAUAUGCUGCUGGUGCAGACUAAUGUACACAUUUUUAAAAAUAAAAUAAAGCACUUUCACUCAGCAGAAACUGAUGGGAAAUGCCAUCAGCAAUCAUUGAACCCAGGAAUGUGAUUUGAUUUGGUUACUUUUAAAGUACUUUCUUUAAACUGAUAUGACAGCAUAACAUUUAAUUCAUAAUAAUGUAACGUUGCCGACUGGGAAAUCUUACAUAAUUUUACUGAACCCUGCAUUUUAAAAAAAAUGCUGAACAAGUUUAGGUCCUUUAGCUAUUUUCUAAACAAGUUGCCUUGUUGCACCUUUGUUUUGCAACAAAUCUUAUUUUUUUAAUCAAUCCCUCAGUUAAACAAUUUCUCCNUUUUUUUCUAUUGUGAUGGCAUUGUGUUCUUUACACACUAAUGAAAAUACAAGAUUGAGUAGCCUUUUCAUGGCUGAAAAAUAAUUUAUUCAAGUUCAUACUAGCAGCUUUCUUAGGUUACAGAAUUUUUUUUAAGAGUUUACUAGUUUUGACAUAAUCUGCUAAACAUUUUGAGGUGCAAUGGAUACUUUUAAAUAUCUUUGGCGAAAACAUACAGACUUUAUUCUUCAACAAUGCUAUAUUGGGUCCCCCUCCCAAAGUUGGAAUGUACCUUUCAUUGCAAGCUUUUUUGUAUUUCCUCAUGCUGUUUUUUGUUUGACAGCAGCAGGUGAAUGAUAUUGGUUCAUAAAGUACUAUAUAAAUUAUUCUGUUUCGAGUUGUUUUACUGUACAGUAUUGUCAAUUGAUCUGUAGAACUCAUUGCCCAUAAUGUAUUAUAAAUAAAAAUUUAUAUUAAAA